AAACACCGCCCUGAGGGCGGCGGCGGCGGCGACCGUGGUAACUGCAGCUGCUCAGGGGCAGGGCUGGCCCCAGCGCCGAGAGUAGUGGUGGCGGUGGCGUGGUUGCUUCGCGGGUGCUUGGGAGCCUAAGCCCUGGGGGCCUGAACUCGGCAACUCCCGGGGCAGCCGCACAACCCUUUGGAAGAGGCACUACCCAAUUGGCGCGGGGCAGCGCGAGCGCCCCGAGGGGCUUCCGCAGUUGAGGAGAGGUGGGGGUGACAGGGCACAGGUGACAGGGCCGGAGAAAGAUGGAGCAACCCGGGGCGGCGGCGGCGUCGGGAGCGGGAGGCGGCCCUGAGGAAGCCGGCGGGGGCCGGAGCAACAAGCGGAGCACGGGCAACCGGGCCGCCAACGAAGAGGAAACGAAAAACAAACCCAAAUUGAACAUUCAAAUAAAAACUUUGGCAGAUGAUGUGCGUGACCGAAUUACGAGUUUUAGAAAAUCUACUGUCAAAAAAGAAAAGCUCCUUAUUCAACAUCCUAUUGAUUCUCAAGUUCCGAUGAGUGAAUUUCCAGCAGCUCAGCCACUGUAUGAUGAAAGAUCUUUAAAUCUGUCAGAAAAGGAAGUACUGGAUCUCUUUGAAAAAAUGAUGGAAGACAUGAACCUUAAUGAAGAGAAAAAGGCUCCUUUACGAAACAAAGAUUUCAGCACAAAGCGUGAGAUGGUUGUCCAGUAUAUUUCUGCCACUGCUAAAUCUAUAGUUGGAAGUAAAGUUACGGGUGGGCUGAAAAACAGCAAACAUGAAUGCACCCUGUCUUCACAAGAGUAUGUUCAUGAAUUAAGAUCUGGUAUAUCAGAUGAGAAACUUCUUAACUGCCUAGAAUCCCUGAGAGUUUCUUUAACCAGCAAUCCUGUGAGCUGGGUUAACAACUUUGGCCAUGAAGGUCUUGGACUCUUAUUGGAUGUUCUGGAAAAGCUUCUGGACAAAAAACAACAAGAAAAUAUUGACAAGAAGAAUCAGUAUAAACUUAUUCAGUGUCUUAAAGCAUUUAUGAAUAAUAAGUUUGGGUUGCAAAGGAUUUUAGGAGAUGAAAGAAGUCUUUUACUAUUGGCAAGAGCAAUUGACCCUAAACAACCCAACAUGAUGACUGAAAUAGUGAAAAUACUUUCUGCUAUUUGCAUUGUUGGUGAAGAGAAUAUUUUAGAUAAACUUUUAGGAGCCAUAACUACAGCAGCAGAAAGAAAUAACAGGGAACGAUUUUCACCAAUUGUUGAAGGAUUAGAAAAUCAUGAAGCCUUGCAAUUACAGGUGGCCUGCAUGCAGUUUAUAAAUGCCCUUGUUACUUCUCCUUAUGAACUUGAUUUUCGAAUACAUUUAAGGAAUGAAUUCCUACGUUCAGGACUAAAAACAAUGUUACCAGAUUUAAAAGAAAAAGAAAAUGAUGAGCUCGACAUUCAGUUGAAAGUAUUUGAUGAGAACAAAGAGGAUGAUUUAACUGAAUUAUCACAUCGUCUCAAUGACAUUCGAGCUGAAAUGGAUGAUAUGAAUGAAGUGUACCAUCUUCUUUAUAAUAUGUUGAAGGACACUGCUGCUGAAAAUUACUUAUUAUCCAUUCUGCAACAUUUUUUGCUCAUCAGAAAUGAUUAUUAUGUCAGGCCACAGUAUUAUAAAAUAAUUGAGGAGUGUGUUUCACAGAUAGUGCUGCAUUGCAGUGGUAUGGAUCCAGACUUCAAGUAUAGGCAAAGAUUAGACAUUGAUUUAACGCAUCUGAUAGAUUCUUGUGUGAACAAAGCAAAAGUUGAAGAAAGUGAGCAAAAAGCAGUGGAAUUCUCAAAAAAGUUCGAUGAAGAAUUCACAGCUCGACAGGAGGCUCAAGCUGAGCUUCAAAAAAGAGAAGAAAAAAUCAAAGAACUUGAAACAGAAAUCCAGCAACUUCGAACCCAGGGACAUGGGCUCACAAGUUCAUCAGGAAUUCCAGGCCCUCCUCCACCACCUCCAUUGCCAGAUGCUUCAGUCUCUGGACCACCACCUCCACCACCGCCACCUCUCCCUGGAGCAAUCCCUCCUCCUCCUCCACCACCUCCUUUAGCUGGUGGUAUUCCACCACCACCACCUUUGUUUGGGGCACCUCCUCCACCACCACCCUUUGGAGUAGCUCCUCCUCUACCAGGAGCACAGUUUGAUCUGCCUUAUGGAAUGAAACAGAAAAAAAUAUAUAAGCCUGAAGUAUCCAUGAAAAGAAUCAACUGGUCUAAGAUUGAGCCCAAAGAAUUAUCUGAGAAUUGUUUCUGGUUAAAAGUUAAAGAAGACAAGUUUGAGAAUCCAGAUCUCUUUGCAAAAUUGGCACUGAACUUUGCUACCCAGAUAAAAGUUCAAAAAAAUGUUGAAGCUUCAGAAGAAAAGAAGUCUAUGCCUGCAAAGAAGAAACUGAAAGAAUUGAGAAUUUUGGAUUCCAAAACAGCUCAAAAUCUGUCAAUAUUCCUGGGAUCAUAUCGCAUGCCAUAUGAAGACAUAAAAAACAUUAUCUUGGAAGUUGAUGAAGACAUGCUGAGUGAGGCCUUAAUUCAGAACCUAAUAAAACAUCUUCCUGAACAGAAGGUACUCAAUGAACUAGCACAGCUCAAAAAUGAAUAUGAUGACCUCUGUGAGCCUGAACAAUUUGGAGUUGUGAUGAGCUCAGUGAAAAUGUUGCGGCCUCGUCUCAAUAGCAUUCUUUUCAAGCUCAUGUUUGAAGAACACGUAAACAACAUCAAACCAAGCAUCAUAGCAGUCACUCUUGCCUGUGAAGAACUGAAGAAAAGUGAAAGCUUUAACAGACUUUUAGAGUUAGUUCUUUUGGUUGGAAACUACAUGAACUCAGGCUCAAGAAAUGCCCAGUCACUGGGAUUUAAAAUCAACUUUCUUUGUAAGAUCAGAGAUACUAAGUCAGCAGAUCAGAAAACAACCCUUUUGCAUUUUAUUGCUGAAAUAUGUGAAGAAAAGUACCGGGAUAUCCUAAAAUUUCCAGAAGAAUUGGAACAUGUAGAAAGUGCAAGCAAAGUUUCGGCUCAAAUUCUCAAGAGCAACCUCGCAGCAAUGGAGCAACAAAUUGUACAUCUGGAACGUGACAUCAAGAAAUUCCCCCAAGCAGAAAAUCUACAUGAUAAGUUUGUGGAAAAGAUGACGAGUUUUACAAAGAGUGCCAGAGACCAGUAUGAAAAACUGUCCACCAUGCACAAUAACAUGGUCAAGCUCUAUGAGAAUCUCGGAGAAUACUUCAUUUUUGACUCUAAGACAGUGAGCAUAGAAGAAUUUUUUGGUGAUCUCAGCAACUUUCGAACUUUGUUUCUGGAAGCAGUGAAAGAAAACAAUAAGAGAAGAGAAAUGGAAGAGAAAACUAGGAGGGCAAAGCUUGCAAAAGAGAAAGCUGAACAAGAAAAGUUGGAACGCCAGAAGAAAAAGAAACAACUCAUUGAUAUAAACAAAGAGGGUGAUGAGACUGGCGUGAUGGAUAAUCUUCUAGAAGCCCUACAAUCAGGUGCGGCAUUCCGAGACCGGAGAAAGCGGAUUCCAAGGAAUCCAGAUAACAGACGAGUACCUUUAGAAAGGUCACGCUCUCGCCACAAUGGAGCUAUCUCAUCCAAGUGAUUCCUGAUGCCAAAGAAUAUGAAAAUAUUUAAGUAAACAAAGUCGCAUGAUUUGAAAAGAACAAAACAUGCAGUCAAGGGAUAGAGAAGAAAGAAGUGCAUUUCUGCGAAGAUGGAGCUGAGUUUGAUGAAGCACUGUUUGUAAAACUCUUGCAAGACUUCCCACAAUUGUACUGAUCUGAACACUGUCACCAAGAUUAUAAAAUGCAUUUUUCAUUUUACUGUAAAGAUGUAUAUUAUUUGCCAUUGUGUGUGAUCUGACUGUGGUGAUGAAAGUGUGAGACACUUAAGAGUUCUAAGGAUCUUAUCCAGCAAAAAUUUUACCAUUUGUAGGUUACUUCCACCAAAAUAGAAGAGAACAAGAAGAAAUUAUUUAAUGUCUACUUCUAAUCAGUAAUACAGAAAAGGGAAAAGCCAAGUAAAACGUGCAUGUUAAUGAUGUGAAGAGGGUCUAGUAUUGCACAGACAAUUAAAAAAACACAUUUUUGAAAAUUCCCCAAAGUACUGAUCACCCCAGAUGAGUUAUUUCGAAUCUUAGCUCCAAGAAAAGCUGACGGAUUCAUCUACUGUGGCUGCAUUUAAAGUUUAUCAUUAGUCUAAACUGUCAGCAUGCUAUCACAGGCACUUACCAUCUACAACUAAACCAAAGUUUUCAUGGAAUCAGUUAAGGAAAAUGAUCUAAACUUUAUUGAAAGAGAAAUUUUCUAAUUAUAUGCAGAUGUCUACUUUAUACAGAUAGUUUGUAUGACUAUUUUUGAGGAGAAAAAUGCUCUCACGUUUUAAUGUUUAUGUUAGGGAUAAACCCGAAGAUUCUGUUACCUUCAUGUAGAUUUCCAAAGCAGGUAUUGAUUCCUAGUCCCUGUUGUUUAUUUCUUCUCUCUAUUGCUUCUUCCUCCCUUGACCCCCUUGAAGGCAGGGAAUCGAGUUCUAGAAGACCUGAGAGGAAAAAGAUUUCUUUCUGCAGGAGGCAGCAGAAAACUGUCUGAAAGGUCAAUUGUUUUACUCCCCUUUCCAAUUCCAUUUUGGUGGUCUGAAGAAGAAAACUAAAUUCCAUGUAUGUAUGUGUG